AGAGGGCCGGGGCGGGUACAAAGCGGGCGCUACCUGUUGCGGCCGGUGAGCGCUAACAGGUGAGCGGGCGGCUGGUCAGCAGCGGGGCUUCCUUCCCGGACCGCCGUGAGCUAGGCCAGGGCGGCCGCUUCUCACCACCACAGCCCCCCCCAGGAGCUGCGAUGCCUUUUCCUAGCUCUGGCGCGGAUGAUGCCUUCGACUACCUCUUUAAGAUUAUCCUGAUUGGGGACUCCAACGUGGGGAAGACCUGCGUGGUGCACCGCUUCAAGACGGGGCAGUACAGCGAGAAACAGCAGAACACCAUCGGCGUCGACUUCACUGUGCGCUCGAUGGAUAUCGACGGCAAGAGAGUGAAGAUCCAAGUCUGGGACACAGCUGGUCAAGAACGCUUCAGGACAAUAACCCAAUCUUAUUACAGGAGUGCUCAUGGGGCCAUCCUUGCCUAUGACCUUACUAGGAGGUCCACUUUUGAAUCCAUUCCUCACUGGAUUAAUGAAAUUGAAAAGUAUGGUGCUGCAAACUUGGUCAUGAUGUUAAUUGGGAACAAAUCAGAUUCACUGGACAAGCGCCAAGUCCUGUUUGAAGAUGCCUGCACGCUGGCAGAGAAGUAUGGGCUCUUGGCUGUGCUGGAGACAUCAGCAAAAGAAGCUCAAAACAUAGAAGAAGUGUUUGUGUUAAUGGCUAAGGAGCUAAUAGCCCGAAACACCUUACAGCUUCACGGAGAGAACCCUCCAAACAGCAUCUACCUUGACUCCAGGCCAGUGAUUGCCAGUUCAAGUGUGGAGAAGACCCAAUGCCUCUGUUGAAGAGAUUUCAGGAAGAAUUUGAAACUCACUCUUUUGAGGCUGCUUGAUUUAGUUUUAUGCACUUGAUGAAGGUGUGCUAUGUGGCCUCAAGCCAUCUCUCUUGAUAUCUAUACCUGGCAGUUUGGCUUGUAAGUAUCUUCAGAGGUUGUUUCUGUUGGUAAUACAUGUUCCUUUGAACAUGGCAGCUGAUAUUUAAACAUGAGCUUCUAGGCUGGGAGGACUUGGGAAGCUGUCAGCCCUUGUACUAACCAAAGAGAACUAUAAGAAUUACUGCCUUUAAUUAUAGCCUUAACUGAUUUUCUGGCUGUGUCAGAAGGCAAAUAUCCAUCAGAGCUCUGCCUUGAGCUGACCCUUCUAAGCUAUGCAGUUUGCUGUAGUGCAAGCACUUUACUCCUUAAAGCUACAGGCAAAAAGUCUGAUAGAUGCUUGGACAGCAGUAAGCCAUUGCUGCUCAAAUUUUCAUUUAGGAGUGGUCCUGCUGUCAGACAUGUAGCCACUCAUACCAAGGAAGCUAAUAACAUUUGUGAAAGAGCACAUGAUUUUACAUCUGUACUGACUUCCUUACCAGACAAACCUGAGGACAUCCCUGGGGUUUCAUAGCAGGCAGAAUGAGAUACUGUAGGGUCCCAACCUUCUUCCUAGGAUGAGAAACUGUCAAGAAUUGUUUCCAUUAGUGAUCUGUCUUGCCACACUGGCUAGGAGUGGUGAAGCUUCCAAGGUAACAGUAAUGGUCUAAAUCCAUGCU